CAUCCAUCCACCACCAUGUCUUCUCAGCUCGAGGCCACCUCUGCUAUCCUCGGCGAGUACAUGCUCAAAGGUUGGACGUUGACCGACUUGCACUGCGAGGAAUGUCGGGUCACCCCUUUGAUGAGGGAACCGGAGGUCAUCGCUAUCAGGCAGGGGAGGGACAGGAUACAGUUCUGCGCCUUGUGUGAUGGUCCUCCCGGAGACGACCAGACACGAGAAUCUCCCCAAGCCGCUCCACUUACCGCUCGUUCUCCUAUCCCAACACCGUCUACGAAACCCGCCGAAUCUCCUCCCCCUUCCUCCCGUCAAACUCCCUUGCUAGACAAGGCAGAUCACGACCUUGCGGCGGAACGGAUAUCACAUCUCCUUCUCCAAGGUUACUCUCUCCUAUCUGCCACCUGUCCCCAUGCGUCCUGCAGAGGAAUCCCCCUGGUCGGCUACCCGAAACGAGAAGGAGGGGCGAGUAGACGUCUAUGUGUGGGGUGCGACACCCGAUGGGUUGGUGAGGUCACGGUCACGAGAGAGCUUGACAAUGCUAGCAAAAAGAAAGGGGUGGACAGUCCUAGGACGAGGACGAGAAAGGAACUGUAUGGUAUGACCGAGGCGUCGACGGUCGAGGAAGAGAAAGGCAAGGGUCAAGCAGCUCCUGUCGUCCCUCCUCCAACAGUCGGGAAAGACGAGCCCAUCAAGCAGCUACCCAACCUCGGAUCCACUCUCGACACCGCGUCCUCUGCUUUGGCACGUACGAUAGAAAAGAUUGCGACAUCGCUCGACGAUCUAGUACUCAAACCGACAGAACAUGGACGAUACUUUGUCGACGUCAAAUUACACACCGAAGCGCUCAAGGAUAUCUUGGACGUGAUGGAUAGGCUAGGCAGGCUGCCGAGGGAGGGUAAUAAUCAGGAGGUUGUUCCAUGAUCCAAGUCAUAAGCUCGCUAUCCUUGAUUGUGACGUGACAGUACUGAGUAGAGCAAAGAUCUUCAAGUAGCUAUGGUAUUCCAGUGUCUGAUGUGAUGGAACCGUUCCUAG